CAUGUCUGCAGAUUCGCAAUCGGUCAUGUGGGUGGAGGGAGUGCACGCGCACUUCAGAAUGUGACGCAGUUGGGGAAAUCCCAGUUUAACUUCUCUCUCGGAAAGUAUAUAAACUGCUACCCUCCUGUUCUAAAUCGUCAUCUUCGUUGCUGUGUACUACAAUUAUGCUUUUUCAACUCGUCUGCAUAUUAGCUGCCUCUGUGCAAGGUGGCCUCACACAGGAUAGGCCUACACAAGAGGUGAAGUCAGUUUGUGGAGAGGACUCAAUUCUGAAAUGUAAAGCAAUAUGUAAGCCUGGGGUCCAAUACCAGGCGGUGAGGUGGUACAAGCUGGGUGAGGAGCCCUCUAAUAAGGAGUCUGGUCUAUUGAUGAAGAGGCUAUCAUCACCUAAAAGCACCACCCAAUGGUACGCCGGUCUGGAGCGUGAAGUGGAACUUUUGGCUGAUGAUUCUUUUGAUAUCUUCCUGCGCAAUGUAACGGCUGUUGAUAGCGGGAGGUACAAGUGUCUCCUGGCAGCACCUGAAGGAGAGCAGAACCAGGAGGGGCAGGUUCACCUCAGAGUGACAGGUUGCCUUGAGUCCACAGACCAAUCAGAAGAAAGGGAUACCAUCCUAGUUCUUUCCAUUGUGGGGAUUGUGGCGGCAUUACUGAUAUUCACCAUCAGCUAUGUCAUCCUAAGGAAUAUGUUAUUGCAAAGGAGUAAGAAGUAUCCACAAGAACCACUUCUAGAUGCACCCCUUGAGAAGAAAGAUUUAAUGUUGAUUUACACUCUGGGGCCAAACUGGUCUAGACAGGGUUCCAUAAAACAUGUCUGUGUGUGAGAGCCUGUUCUGCUAGUUUGGGCUCAUUGUAUACUUGAACAUAAAGAGGAAAUGCAGAGAAAGACUAGGGCACGUUUGAAGCUGAGCAACGAGUCUAUCAUGCUGACCACACCACUUGCGUUGUGAGCGUGGCAAAAUAAAUGUACACAUCUGUUAUUCAGCAAUUUCAUCCAAACUGCUCGCGCGCAUCAACGAGCGCCUGCGUAGCCAGGCGCUAAAAUAGACGCUUUAUGCACUGCAAGUCCUGCUUCUCCCAUCUCCUCAUUGGUUUUUCAGAGCAUAUACCCACAUGGGUGAUUGAAAGAUGAACUGCGAUCCACACUCCAGCCCAGUUGGUGGUGGUAAUGCACCUUAAAGUUGGUUGUCAAACGCCAUAUAAAGUCAGAAGACUGAUGGAGGAGAGAUUACUAGAAACAAACUAAGUUUACCCUUUUAUCUCUGGAUUAAUUGUCAGAGUAGAGGACCUUGUGCAUUUCAGGUAAACUAACAACCCAAUACUUGUACUUUCCAGGAGAAGAGUUCACCUCUAGAGCAGAUGGAGGCAGACAACACUCUGGCCGGGACUAUAGAACCAAUAUGUGUAGGCUUUUCAAAGAAAUGAAACUGUAGCCUAUACCCUUUCACUCAGGCAGCCAAACAGCAGUACAAAAUCAGGCUAGAACAGCAGUUCUCCAGCAAUGAUUGCUCGUCUGCAGCAUCCACUCGCCUGUGAUGCGCAAGCAGCAGGGCCUGCUGAAGGGACCCACGAUCUAAGCCCCAAGAUCUAACCUCAAUAAGGAGCUUCAGGAAGGGGUGCAGGAAUGGUCCACGAUGAGGGGUCAUUCUGGAGUGUUGCUCCAUGGCAACGUGGGGGUUAAUCCCAUUUACAUUUGAGUCAACCCAGGAAUUGAAGUCGACAUUGACUUUGAACUGGGAAAUGACCAAUGUGUAGUUUCCUCUAAGCAAAAUGAAAGUGGGCUUUGGUGAAAAGUAAUUGGCAGAAAAUUAACUUGUAUUGUUUUUUAAACAUGAUCAGCAAUUCUGUGGCUACAUCGACAAUGAAGCCUUGUAAAUAAUUUUGUAACUAACUGUAUCUGAUGUAUGCUGUCCGAGGUGCUAAAUAGCUUUUAACAAAUCUCUACCUAUUUCACAAGACACAUUCUGUCAUGUUUUAUUUUAGUUAUAUACUGUACCUUGACUUUACAACAUUGACAGGUGACGUAAAUGACUAAUGUGCAAAUUUUGAGCCCGGAUGAUCACAAUUAUUGGGAUGAUCACAAUUAUAUUUUUUGGAUAGCUGUUUUAAUAGUUAAAUAAAUAAAUACCUCUGCUAAUAA